AUGGAAGACGAGGACGCCGGCCCUGGCGGCGGGGGCGAGGCCUCCCCUCCGCACCACGCCGCGGCGGCGUCGGGCGACCGGGCGCGGGACAUGGCGGCGUCCCCGACGCGCUCGCGCUCCGUGACGCAGACGGUGAACGGGUCCCACCGCUUCGUGAUCCAGGGCUACUCGCUCGCCAAGGGCAUGGGCGUGGGGAAGCACAUCGCCAGCGAGACCUUCACCGUCGGCGGCUACCAGUGGGCGAUCUACUUCUACCCCGACGGGAAGAACCCCGAGGACAACUCCAACUACGUCUCCGUAUUCAUCGCGCUCGCGUCCGACGGCACCGACGUGCGCGCGCUCUUCGAGCUCACGCUGCUCGACCAGAGCGGCAAGGGCAAGCACAAGGUGCACUCGCACUUCGACCGCUCCCUAGAGUCCGGGCCGUACACCCUCAAGUACCGCGGAUCCAUGUGGGGAUAUAAAAGGUUCUAUCGGCGUAAUGCUCUUGAACUAUCAGAUUUUCUUAAAGAUGAUUGCUUGAAGAUAAACUGUACUGUGGGUGUUGUAGUAUCAACUAUGGAUUAUUCUAGGCCACAUUCAAUAGAGGUUCCAGAGUCUGACAUAGGCUAUCAUUUUGGAACGCUUUUGGACACUCAGGAAGGUGUAGAUGUUGUUUUUAGUGUAGCAGGAGAGAAGUUUCAUGCCCAUAAGUUGGUAUUGGCUGCCCGGUCUCCCUUUUUUAGAUCUGAAUUUUUCGAUCAUGAAUCGGGUGAAGAGAAGAACGAAACUGAUACGAAGGAUGAAAUCAAAGAGAUCGUCAUUGAUGACAUGGAUCCUGUAGUGUUCAAGACUGUGCUUCAUUUUAUCUACAGGGACAAUCUUGUUGAUGAUGAUGAGUUGUCUGCAUCAAGCUCUGACUGCUCUAUCUUUGAUAGUUUAGCUGGGAAGUUAAUGGCUGCAGCAGACAAAUAUGAGUUGCCAAGGCUAAGAUUGUUGUGUGAAUCUUACUUGUGCAAGCAUAUUUCUGUAAACUCCGUGGCAACUACUCUAGCAUUGGCUGAUCUGCACCAUGCUAUGGAGCUUAAAUCUGUGUGCCUAAAGUUUGCUGCUGAAAACCUUUCAGCUGUGAUCCGGAGCGAGGGGUUCGACUAUCUCAAAGACAACUGCAUAUCUCUGCAGUCAGAGAUACUACGGACAGUUGCCGGGUGUGAGGAGCCAUGUAGCAGCGGCGUGAAAAGCCAGAGCGUGUGGGCGCAGCUCUCUGACGGCGGCGACACCAGCGGGCGCAGGGCAGACACGAUGGAAUCACAGAAGGGUAACCCGAGUUGA